AUGACUAACUAUUUAGCGAAAUAUGUCCCAGUGGGAGAGUCUGAAGAACUAGUGAUAAAUACAACGAAACCUAUUGUUGCAGGGAAACGCACAGACUUGUCGCACUUUGGUCGGAUUUCAGCCAUAAAAGUACAAGAGACGACCUUCUAUGAGAACGAGGAUUUUCAGAAUAUUGUGGAUGGAUUGAAUAAGUUAACCACCAGGUUAAAUGAAAUGCAUGAUAUUUUAAACAUGACAGAACACAUGUUAUCUGCAGGGUUUGCUUACAAUGGGAGUUUGAAUCGUUUACACGACAUACUAUUGGAUGUAGUGAUACGAAAUCGGUCGUUAAAAAUUGGCGUAUUGGGUGGAUCGAUAUCGGCUGGUGGUGCUUUGGGUGGCGAACAGUACAUUUAUUCUAGCAUAUUAGGACAUUUACUGCAGCUUGUGAUCGGGGAACGUGUUGAGAUAUAUAAUGUGGCUGUUGGGUCUACAGCUAGCAACUAUUAUAAAUAUUGUAUACAUGCCCAUCUAAAUGCGUCAGAUAUGGACAUUAUUAUUUGGGAGUUUGCAAUUAACGACUUUAUUGUUGGAAUUGGGCCUGAAUCGCAGGAGGAACUGACCAGGUUUGUAUUGGCAUUACCAAAGAAACCGCAAUUAGUGUAUGUGGAUUUCGUGCAUCUUGUACUUUUUCGACAACCCCACCCCUGUAGAUUUGGAAGUAAACGUUUCGGUAUGCAUUACGAUGUACCAUCUAUAAGUUUGCCGAAUGCACUCUGUACUUAUCUUGAGAAGGGUUUGCGUGAUGGCCUGUUAGGCAGCGACAACUCUCAUCCUGGUAAAAUUCCACAUGCAAUGGCGGCUAUAUUUCUAGCCCAUCUCUUGAAAGACGUGUUACAAAACAUCACUCGAGAGUGGUCACCUAAUAAUACUCCGACUAGUUUUCAAAAAGGUGUUGAUGCAGAAAAUCUCAUCGGGGAAUUACCACCCCCAUUAUAUAACAUAUCACAAAAUCUACACCGUCAGUGCUGGUCUACUUUGCUGUCGAAAGAGGGCGUUUUGAAUGAUUUAAUACCAUCAAAAAGAGAGGAUGAUUGGGAGAUGAUGCAACAGGAGUACGAGGAAGAUUAUAGACUUGACCGAAAGAUGUUCUGGGGAUGUAAGCGUAAAAAUAAAUCAAUCGUAUUCCCUUUGAUCAUUGAACCGGACGAACACGCAACAUUGUUUAGUGUCUACGUAGUAAUGUUGGGCUGUUCAUGGUGUGGAAACGCAGUGGUGUUCUUAGAUCAUGGCAAUGGCGUGGUAAUUAAAACGUACUGGAAUUGGAAUAUAGUAAGACUAUUUCAUGUUGCAAACAACGUUCCCCCAGGAAACCACAAUAUAACUGUUAUACCUCAAUCUGAUAUUCUAGUCAGGGUAACUUCUGUUAUUGUGGCUUAA